GAACUGACUGUCGAACUAACUGAGGAACCGAGCGAGCCGCUACCGGAGCUACCGGGAGGCAGUGCAGCUGACACCGAGCGAGUCCCCGGAGGAGCCGAACUCAGGAAAGGGUCCGCCGCUUGUGAGAACCGAGCCGAACCGAGCGAUGCUCGCGCUGCCCACCGCCGCCCAGCAGUAACGAGAGACGGGAGCGAGAUUUACCGACAGCGAGAGAAAAAGACGGAGAGUCAUCCUCAUCAUCCUCAUCAUCAUCCAGCUGCGGAGGCUUCACCCGGUCCGUGUCACUGUUCCCCGCCCCGCGCCGUGGACCGAACCGGGAGGACCGGUGAUCUCAACGCGCUAACGGCGCCUCCGUGCCCGGCCUGAGAGAGGGAGCUGCCCCGAGAGACGCGGAGGGAUCGACGGCAGAAAACCUGGAACUACCCCCGAACCGGAGAGGAUUUCCAAUCCGAGCCCACCACUUGCACUCAUCCUCAUUAAUUCGGUGCGUUUUCCAGCGUGGACCUCGGAACCGGUACCGCCAGCAAGCUGUGUUCUCUAACCAUGGGAUGUACCCUGAGCGCAGAGGAGAGGGCGGCUCUGGACCGGAGCAAAGCCAUCGAGAAGAACCUGAAGGAGGACGGGAUCACCGCGGCCAAGGACGUGAAGCUGCUGCUGCUCGGGGCUGGAGAGUCAGGGAAAAGCACCAUCGUCAAACAGAUGAAGAUCAUCCAUGAGGACGGCUUCUCCGGAGAUGAUGUAAAGCAGUACAAGCCUGUCGUUUACAGCAACACCAUCCAGUCUCUGGCUGCCAUCGUCCGUGCCAUGGAUACACUGGGCCUUGAGUACGGAGACAGAGAGCGCAAGGCGGAUGCUAAGAUGGUGUGCGACGUGGUCAGUCGUAUGGAGGACACGGAGCCUUACUCCGCCGAGCUGCUGGGGGCCAUGAUGCGCCUGUGGGCCGACUCGGGCAUCCAGGAGUGCUUCAGCCGCGCCCGGGAGUACCAGCUCAACGAUUCAGCGCAGUACUACUUGGACAGUCUAGACCGGAUCGGUGCGGCCGACUACCAGCCGACAGAGCAGGACAUCCUGCGGACCCGAGUGAAGACCACGGGUAUCGUCGAGACGCACUUCACCUUCAAAAACCUUCACUUCAGGCUGUUUGACGUCGGAGGUCAGAGGUCGGAGAGGAAGAAGUGGAUCCACUGUUUUGAGGACGUGACGGCCAUUAUUUUCUGUGUGGCGCUGAGCGGAUACGACCAGGUGCUGCAUGAGGACGAGACCACGAAUCGUAUGCACGAGUCUUUGAUGCUGUUCGACUCCAUCUGCAACAACAAGUUCUUCAUCGACACCUCCAUCAUCCUCUUCCUCAACAAGAAGGACCUGUUUGCAGAGAAGAUCAAGAAGUCUGCUCUCAGCAUCUGCUUCCCAGAAUACACAGGUCCCAACACCUACGAUGACGCAGCAGCCUACAUCCAAGCACAGUUCGAGAGCAAGAACCGCUCUCCAAAUAAGGAAAUCUACUGUCACAUGACCUGCGCCACGGAUACGGGGAACAUCCAGGUCGUGUUUGAUGCUGUGACCGAUAUCAUCAUCGCCAACAACCUCCGAGGGUGUGGCUUGUACUGAGCACGCCCACACACCCUGUAACUCCACCCCCUCCUCCCCCAUCCCCUCUUUUCUCCCCCUCCUCCUCCCCCUCGUUCCUUUGGCACUGCUGUGGAAAAGAUGAUGGCCAUGAUGAUGAAAAAUGAAAAAUCCAACUAGGUACAUAUUAAUAUUGAGAAUAAUUUAAAAAUAGGCUUACGUACAUUUAAAUAUGAAUAUAUAUAUAUAUAUAUAUAAAAUGAUUUUGAUUUUUCUCCUCUUGCUCUGAGCCCAUCCACCCCCCCUUGUUGUUUUUCAGUCUGUUGCCAAGCAAACAAAUUUAGUUUUAGUAGGAAAACCCAAAACCCCACAGCCUUGACAACUUCUUGAACAAAGUCGAUGAAAGCCCCCGCUCGUUCUCACGCCGUCAGCCGUGUCUUCUGCUCUUAACAAAACUGAAGCCUGUAUUUAGUUAUUUUCUGAUUUUUUUGUUGUGUAUUUUUAUGAUGAUAAAACG